CCCGAACAGGAAGUCGCCCGUCCUCCGCGCGCCAUUUUCAAACGGCUCCUUUGGUCUGUCCGCUGGCUGUUUGGCGGCGGCGGCGGCGGAGGAAAGGGGCCGCUCCGGCCAGGCCGCCCCCACCUCCGGAUGAGGGGCGAGGCGUGUGAGACGGCCCUCCCGCCUCCGAACUAGGCCGCGAUUUCAGGCCGCGGGCCCCGUUUCCAUGACGACGUAGAAUGACGGUAGAAGGAUGACGUCGCCCGGCUGGGAGUAGCGCCCGGAGGGGCUCAAGCGAAGCGAGGGAGGCCUGGAGAGCGGGGCGCCUGGGAAGGCCCCAGCAGAGAAUCUUCACAAUGACUGCAGCUGUAGAGCGGAAGUUUGUUAAUUUAAGGAAACGAUUGGAUCAGUUGGGAUACCGACAACCACUGGGAGUAGAAAGCUUGCCUCUGGUGGAAAAACUUUUCAGUGACCUUGUUCAUACAACCGAGAGCCUCCGGAGCACAAAGUUAUCUGCCGGUAAAAUUGAAAAAGAAUGCAGUAACUUUGACGUUGUUCUAGGACCUUAUCGAGAAGAAAAUGCCAGGCUCACACGUGAAAAUAAUGAAUUGCACUUAGAAGUUCUGAAAUUGAAAGAGCAAUUCGAAGAACAGGUCAAAGAUCUGAAAGCUACUUUGAGGAAAUUUGAACAUGAGAAUUCAGAUAUGAAAUUUUUGAAUAAUCAAUAUAUACAUAAAAUGAGGUCAUUAGAAAAAGAAAACAAAGCCAAGACUGACAAAAUUCAACAGCUUCAAGAAAAAAACCUACAAGCUGUGGUACAGACACCAGGUGGUAAGAAACGAAAUAUUCCAUUUCGACGUCAGCGUAUGCAAAUAGAUCAGCCUGUUCCUCCUUCAGGGAUUGGCGCCUAUCCAGUUCCUCAACCAGAUGACCCGUAUAUUGCAGAUCUUCUUCAAGUGGCUGACAACAGAAUUCAUGAGCUGCAGAUUGAAGUAGGUGACUUGCAGGAAAAGCUAGAGAUAGCUGAACGUGAAAUGAAAAAUUACAGCAAACAGGUUGAGCUCCGAGACAGUGAGAUUGAACGUUUAGCACUCGCACUAGAUGGUGGUCGUUCUCAUGAUGUCAUAUCUCUGGAAGCCAAAAGCAGAAGUAAUGAAAAAAUUAUUGAUCACCUGAAUUUGCAGGUUGAAUUUCUACAGCAAACAAACAAAGAGCUUGAAAAGCGCAUAGAAGAUCUUUUGGAUAGUAGGCAAAAUAUGACUAGUGAGGUGGUUCAUUUAAGUAACAAAAAUGAAGAACUGUGUCAAGAAUUGACUGAAAUUGAUCACUUGGCCCAACAAUUGGAGAGGCAUAAAGAAAUUGUGCUUGAAACUGCAGAUAAAGAAAUUGGAGAGGCUAAGGAAGAAAUUAAAAAAAAACACAGUGAAAUACAAGAUCGUGAGGAGACCAUAGCAAGACUGAAGUUAGAGUUAUCUUCCUAUCGCAGAGAAAAAGAAAAAUUGAGUGAAGAACUCUUUGGAAAAACAGAGGAAAAACAAAAUCUUGACAUACUAUUAAACCAGACUCAAGUAGAAAACCACAGGUUGUCCAAAAAAGUUGAAAACCUUGAAAUUAUAAAUCGGGAACUUGUCAUAGAGCUCGAGAGAAUGAGGCUUGACGGUGGCAUAGCACUUGGAGACAAGUCCCCUUCUCGCCUAGAUGCAUUUGUGAAAACCAUAGAAGAAGACAGGGACUAUUAUAAGCGAGAACUAGAGUGUCUCCAAAAGAUAUUUAAAAGAAAAUCUAGCCCAUUACUCAAAUCUCCAGAAAAGAGUGAAGACCUUAGAUUAGUUAUACGAGAGAGAGAUGAGCUACAGUCUAUGCUAGACAGAUUUGAAAAGCAUAUGAUAGAAAUUCAGUCUAAUGUCAAACUACUAACUGUAGAAAAAGAUAAAUUAAGUAUCCUUUAUGAACAGUCUCAGAAUGAAUUAAACCAUCUACGGAGAGAGAAAAAAACCUGUUUUCUAACAAAAAACCAUGCAGAAGAAGAAAGAAAUAUGGCACUGGCUGAUUUUAGAAGAGUAGUAUCAGAGAAAGAAGGACUAAGGGAGAAAUUAAAGAUCCAGCAGGAGGAAUAUACUUUAGAUAAAUUAAAAUUGGAACAGGAAGUAUCAAGAUUGGAAAGCACUCUUAAAAGAUUGGAAACAGAACGACUUGAUCAAAUAUCUACAGUGUCAUUGUUAAAAGACAAAAUAAGCUCUUUGGAAGAUGAACUAAGCAUUAAGACACAUCAGCUCUUAAACACAUCUGAAGAUUCUUCACAGUAUAAGGCAGAAUUGAGUUCACUAAAACUAUUAAAUGAACAGAUUCAGAAAUCCCUAGAUGAGAUACAGCACCAACUGUCUUUUAAAGAAAAUGAACUUCAAUCAGCUCAAGAGGAAAUUGAGAUAUUAGAGAACAAAAUAGAUACACUCAAUACUAAGAGCUCAUCGCAAAGUGAGACUGUCAUUCUGCUCAGAAGUACUGUUAAUGCCUUGGAUAAGGAAAAAGAUAGCCUUCAGGAAAGUAUAGAUGAAAAAACUGAAAAAAUUGCAUAUCUAGAAGACAAUUUAGCUAACAAGGAAAAGACUAUCCUCAACUUACAAAAAACAGUUGCUCAGUUGGAAUUGUCUUUAGACCAAUUAAAGGAUACCUUAAAUGGGAAAGACCGUGAACUUGCCAGUCUCCACCGCCAGUUUGAUGGAAUACACUCAGAGCUUGGGGAAACUGCCAGAAUAAAAGAAAUGGCUUUGAAGGAAAACAGAAGAUUACAGGAUGAUCUAGCCACAAUGACUAGAGAAAACCAGGUGAUCUCGACUGAAUUGGAAGUAACGUUACGUGAAAAAGAAGAACUGAAAGUUAGAGUUCAUAAUUACAUUACUGAAGUGUCCAGAUUUGAAAGUUUAAUAUCCUUAAAGGAAAGAGAAAAUAAAGAAUUAUUGGAGAAGUUCCAGAUGCUUCAUAGCCAAGCCGAAGAUUGGGAAGUAAAGGCCCAUCAAGCUGAGGGACAAAACAGCUCAGUACGAUUAGAGCUCCUUUCAGUUGAUACUGAACGAAGACACCUUAAAGAAAGAGUAGAAUUACUGGAAAAAGAAAUCCAAGAGCACAUCAUUGCACAUCAAACUUACGAAUCUCAAAUCUCUUCAAUGGCAAAAAAUAUGGCCAAGCUGGAAGAAAUGCUCAGACGUGAAAAAGAAGAAAAAUCUUCAAUAAAUCAGGAUGUAUCUGCCGUUAGAGAUCUAUGUGUCAAACUGGAAUCUAGCAAAGAUCUAGUCUCACGCCAAUUAACAUCCAAAUCUAUGGAGUUUGAGAGGAUUGUGUCUGAAUAUGAAGAUGCAAAGGCAGAAGCAGAGCUAUUAAAAAAGCAAUUGUCAAGUGAGCGGCUUACAAUACAAAACUUGGAAACACUCUUGGCUACCAGCAGAGACAACGAUUUUCAGAAUCAUUUAAUAACCCAUGAAAAGGAUUCAGAGAUACAAUUGCUCAAAGACAAAUUAACUCUCUCAGAAAGUAAAUUAACAAGUCUCAGCAGAGAAGUUUCUAUACUGCGAAAUAAACUUGCACAGCUGCAGACUGAUUAUGAUAUUGUGAAAAGACAGCUGACAACAGAGCAAUUUGAACGGGAACGUGCCAUCCAAGAGAUGCGACGACUCGGGUUUUCUACCACUUCUUUACCUACCUCAUCGCCACUUAGCUCAACUUUGAGAUCUCCAUCGCAUUCUCCAGAGAGAGCAUUUUCAGUAACAACAGAACGGACAGAAAAAAAUGUGGGCUUCAAGGAUUAAUCAGUUACUUUAAAAGCAGAACAAUAAUGCGAUGUUUCCAUGUUUGGACUCACUGUCAGCGUUGACUUGAAUUCUACCUCUAAAAUGUUAAAUCAUUAAUACUAGGAUUAUUGAAACAACAAGAAAUUGUGUGGGAGCACUUAGUGUGUAAUCAAACUUUGCAACAUUCUGCUGUCAUACAUAGGCUGGGUUGGUUUUUAAUAAUUCUAAUAGGUUUGCCCUGAAAAUUAAGACUAAACAUUUGAAUUGGAGGUAAUAGUGUGGUUUGUUAUUGUUAUCUCUUUUUCAAGGUUAUUCAUUUUCAGUUAGAUGAGCUACAGGCAGUCUGUAGUUGCUAUUGAUCACAAAGCAAAUAAAUAUGGAAGAUGAAAAGUCCUUUAAUCAUGACUUAUAUCUAUUAUUGAGGUUGUUUUCAUACCAGUAAUUUUAUAAAAUGUGUGUAUGUAUGUAUUAAUAAAUUAUGCUCAGUUUAAUAAUGCCCUUUAACCUGAGCACAAAUGUUACAUCAUUAACAAUAAAAGGCGUCUUUUAAAUUUUGUCUCUAAAAUGAAGUACCAUUGCAUUUUAAAAAAUGUUUUAUAUUAAAAAACAAAUUUAUAUACAUUAAAUUAUGAUAGUAUAAAUAAUGUGAUAUCAUGUCUGUCUUAGAGUCAUUUAGCAAUGUUGUUCCUUUUUUUGAAGUUCUGAAGUAAAGUUUGAGGAAUUGACACACCUGAGUUCCAGCUUUUAAAGACAAAAUGAUGCAGUUUAAAAUACAAAACUAAUUAGGUAAGAAUGAACUUUAUUGCAAGGAAAUUAAUCAUGUUGUAGUUCUUGUCACAAAGUAAUAACAAGUUAUCAGAAACAGUACGUUCCUUAACUGACAGGAGCUUUAUACCAUCUUGACAUUAUCCUCAACCAGCAAUCUGCACUAAUCACUAAAACAUUUAACUCCAGAGCUAUUUGGGGCAUAACUUGCCUAUGUUUGGGGAUAUUUUAUUUAAAAAAGAGAAAUUUAAAUACUGAAGAAAAUCCAUGAAUUAAAGUAACAGGAACAUUCUUGGCCACAAAUAAUACAUCUGUGUAACCAAAAGUACAUGGAAUCUUGGAUUGGGGCGUAUAUCCCCUAAUGUUGUCAUUCUAUAGCAUUAAUUUUGGAUUGUGUGUUGUUACUAAUGUGCUUGAUAUCACUAAGAAGACAAUACUAAUGAUAUUAUAAUUAAAUAAAGUAAUUUCAGUUUUCAAGGAAUAAUUGCAGAUUGAUUUAUAUUCUUUGAAGGAAAAAAUUUUUUCCCGGUUCUCCUUAUAGACAUUGGCAAGAAGAACAGAAAAUGCCAUUCAACAGAGAACGACGAGCCAAUUCCUAAAUGUAAUGACAGCUUAUUAUAAUAAAGUAUAUUCAUAAACUGGAAUGAUGGUCUCAGUAGACGAACCCAAACAUAUAGUUUUAAGUACUGAUUGAUAAUUCACAUGGUAUCUUUUUACGUCACUGUUUUAAAAAUUAAAAAAAAAUAAAUCAUUACUGUUUUUAAUAUGUCAUACAA